CUAUACUAUAAAUAACCUAUUAACGUAUUGUUUUUUUGUUUACAGGAAUAUCCCAGUUGGCCCAAUGCGGACAACUAGGAGAAUUACCGGAACUUCCAGCACCGGAUGAGCAACGUCUUCAGAGAGCGGCGCUCGUUCUUCAACAGAGAUUAGUUCUUCGACAGUGGCUUUACAAAUACAACUUGCAUUCUUACUAUCCUAAGUUGCUGCCUGUAGAAGUAACCUCUCUGGAAGACGUUUAUUGGCUGGAAGAUAACAAGGCUAAACAGGUGUUUACCAAAGAUUUUCCCCGUUGGUCGUCGGCAAGACAGUCUUUACCAAUCUCCAAACAGCGAUUGGAAGUCCUUAAGGCAGAUCUGUGGUCUGAAGUCGUUAAGAGUAGUCAUCAUCAAGACGCCUGGACAUGGGGAGGAAUGUUGGUGGUAUCUGUAUCAGUCGCCGGCUUGGUCACAUUGGCCGCUAUGACUCAACCUUCCUUAGCACCAGAAGCAAAGCAUUCCUUACUUCAAUAUGUUACUGGAAAAUAUUUGUUACCGUCGAAUUGUAAGGUAAAUUUUCAAUGGUCGUGUCAUCACCCAGUGGGCCAAACAGUUUGUUUUACUGUGCAAUUCUACCAACGUAACGGACAGCCUUAUCCAAUCUGUGAUACUGAUAAUUUUACUGUUGAUAUUCGUGGAGGUGCACGAAAGCUAGCCGUUAUUACAGAAUUAGGAUCUCCAACAGACCCUAACAGCGCCAACGUGGCAAAAGUGAAAUUUACCGUCCGUCACGCUGGCCAGUACCGUAUUUCGGUAAUGGUAGGUACCCAGCACGUCGCCGGUAGUCCCUUUACAACGAUUUUCGUCGCUGGGCCAGCGUUUGCACAAAGGACCAUGGUUGUGAGGCAUUGUAGCACCGUAGUUUGUACUGCUAAUGUCGCCCAUCUACUGUACAUCGAACCCAGAGAUGAAUAUAGCAAUAUAUGUCGGUAUGCGUCAGGUGAUAAUCCUACAGAGGGUUAUACAAUUGAUAUAAUGCAAUUAGGAACUCAAUCACAGGAAAACGAAUUAGAAAUAGAUAAAGAAAAUUUUACGACUAGCUUAGAUUACGAUUGGGAAAGUCAACGAGUUAGCGUACAACUAAAAUUUAUAAGGGAGGGUUGCUAUCACGCCACCAUCUACUACCAUGGCUCUGAAUUGCAUAAUGGAGACUUUGAUAUUAUUGUGUUAAAUAGUAUAGAUUCUACUCUAGUCCAUAGAAACGUUGCUUCGAAAAACCAUAAUAUUUGUUAUGACGCAAAACUAGUCGGAAUUAACGGGGAAAGGAUACCCAAACCAAAGAAGAUCUUGUGUUAUGUAUCGCCCAAGCAACUUAUUAUUAAAGAACUUAUUUUGAAGUUUAUACCAAAGAGACUGUUCACUUUUAGAUUAUGUCCAUCGACUAAGUUCAAUUUCCAUGCAGACACAUUGAAAUUUAGCGAAUUUUACUCUUCAUCGUUUACCGUAGACGACGGUUGUCAACCGAAGAUAGAACUAGUUUCGAAAGAUAGAAACGUUAUAGCAGCUACUUUCGCACAAUUUCUCUUGAAGAAUAUGGGCGGUUCCGAAACGUUUAAAGAUAAACAAGACUUUUUUUACCACGAAGUUCGAAAGUUCCAUCACAAACACUACCACGAAAAGUUGUCGAUGAAGGUCAGCAGAGAAAAACUAUUAGAGUCGAGCAUGAAGGCAACCAAAAGCUUUUCGGUUGCUGAUUGGUGCAAGAAUUUUGAGGUUAAUUUUCAAGGAGAACAAGGAAUUGAUUGGGGAGGAUUAAGACGGGAAUGGUUCGAACUGAUCUGCGAGCAGUUAUUUGAUCCUAAAAAUACCUUAUUUUCAAGUUUUCACGAAGGGCAGCAAUCAUUAGUUCAUCCCAACCCCGCUAGAGGUCCUCAUCUAAAGUUGAAACAUUACGAAUUCGCUGGAAAAGUAGUUGGAAAAUGUUUGUAUGAAAGCGCAUUGGGAGGAUCGUAUAGGCAACUAGUUAGAGCUAGAUUCACUAGAUCUUUCUUAGCACAAGUUAUAGGCCUUCGAGUCCAUUAUAAGUACUUUGAGCAAGAUGAUCCAGACCUGUACCUGUCUAAAAUUAAGUAUCUCCUAGAAAAUAACAUGGACGAUCUAGAAACAGAGUUGUAUUUCGUAGAAGAGCAGUACGAUUCCAACGGGCAGCUAUUCAGGAUAGUAGAGUUGGUUCCGAACGGUUCAAAAAUUAGAGUUUCCAAUAGUACAAAACUGCAAUAUCUAGAUGCCCUUGCACAAUAUAGAUUAGCUACCAGCAUAAAGGAUGAAAUGGAGGCAUUUCUGCGAGGCUUGAACGAGUUGAUCCCUGAUAACUUACUCAGUAUUUUUGAUGAGAAUGAGUUAGAAGCGUUUCAGCUUCUUCUCUGCGGGACGGGUCAAUACAGUAUCGCAGACUUCAAAGCCCACCACGUCGUUAAUGGCAAUUCAACAGAAUUCAGAAGGAUAGUUGGCUGGUUUUGGGCAGCAGUGGGCAAUUUUACACAAGAAGAGAUGGCACGAUUGUUACAAUUUACCACUGGAUGUUCUCAGUUGCCUCCGGGAGGAUUCAGGGAUCUUACACCUCGGUUUCAGAUCACGGCUGCUCCUACUUUUGGAAAUCUUCCAACGGCGCAUACUUGUUUCAAUCAACUCUGUCUACCUGAUUACGACUCUUACGAACAUUUCGAAAAAUCUCUUCUACUAGCAAUAAGUGAAGGUACCGAAGGGUUUGGAAUGGUUUGA